CCUCCUCCUCCCCUUCUUCUUCUUCUUCUUCUUCUCUCCUCUUGAGACUGAAAACACCAUCGCUCAUUCCCAGCCGUGACAUAUCCCAGCCUGUCGCCGUAUGCUGCGCGGACAGCGAGCAAAAGGAGCCAAAAAGGAGGGACGCUUUCUCUCCUCCACAUACAAGCACCGAGCAUCCCGACGGUGUUGAGCCGGACCGAGAGGCGCACCAGGCGGAGGCGAGGCGCUGCAGGAAGCCGCUGCUCCCCAUCUCCAGCUUUCUGGACUACACCGGACACGGCCCGGACUGGACUGGAUAUAUUUACGUUUCGGAUUUGCAGGAACAGCGCAAGGCAGCAAAGCCUGCUGGACUGGCCGAGCAGCGCAUCAUCAUCUCCGGUGUAGGACUGGCUGUCGAGUCGCAUGGAGAAGAGGUAUGAAGAACUGGUGCACUACUCAGGGUCAGAGGGCAUGUCGGUGGGGGGGUACGGGGACGAUGUCAGGCCGCUUCCUCCCCCACAUUAUGGAGCCACCAUCCCCGACUCCCUCAAACACCACAAAGACCAGAUCUACGGUCACCCACUGUUCCCACUGCUGGCCUUAGUGUUUGAGAAGUGUGAGCUCGCCACCUGCUCCCCUCGAGACUCCACCUCCCUCUCAGCCACCUCCCACCUGCCAGGCAUGACCAAUCACAGCGACGUCUGCUCCUCCGAAUCCUUCAAUGACGACAUCGCCGCCUUCGCAAAGCAGAUUCGUUCGGAGAAACCAAUAUUCUCCUCUAAUCCUGAGCUGGACAACUUGAUGAUCCAGGCUAUACAGGUUCUUCGUUUUCAUUUGCUGGAGCUGGAGAAGGUGCAUGACCUGUGUGAUAAUUUCUGCCAUCGCUACAUCACCUGUCUGAAGGGCAAAAUGCCAACAGACCUCGUCCUAGAUGACAGGGAGGGCGGCUCCAAGUCUGACAUGGAGGACUUCACUGGAUCCUGUACCAGUCUGUCAGAACAGAAUGCAUCAUGGUUACGGGAUCCAGAUGAAUGCGCUACCACUCCUUUGGGAACACCAGGCACCUGUGGCCUGCCUUCACACAGCACAGCAGACAACUGCAGCGACACAGGCGAUGGUCUGGAUGGAGGAGUGGCCUCCCCCAGUACAGGAGAGGAGGACGAGACUGACAGAGAGAGGAGGAACAACAAAAAGAGAGGGAUCUUCCCCAAAGUGGCUACAAAUAUCAUGAGAGCGUGGCUCUUCCAGCACCUGUCGCACCCGUACCCAUCUGAGGAGCAGAAGAAGCAGUUAUCGCAGGACACAGGACUGACCAUCUUACAGGUCAACAACUGGUUCAUCAACGCUAGGAGAAGAAUAGUUCAGCCUAUGAUUGACCAGUCAAAUCGCUCAGGUCAGGGUGGUCCCUACAGCCCAGAGGGGGCAGCUCUUGGUGGCUACGGCCUGGACGGACAGGCCCACCUCGGCCUUCGAACAGCAGGUCUCCAGGGCAUGUCUUCUCUGCAGGGUGACUACCCCGGCGCUCUCCUCUCACAACCAGGCUACCCACCGCACCCGGGACCCUCCCUCCAUGCAUACCCUGGCCCUCAUCCCCACGCCGCCAUGCUGCUCCACCCCCCCCCACAUGCACACCCAGCGGAGCCGCUCCUCGCGCAGGGACUGGACAUACACGCACACUAGCUGUAGGAUGGACUGGGAAUGUGUGUGUGUUUGUGUGAGAGGGUGAAUUACAGUAUGUGUGUGAGUGUGUGUGUGGGCAGAUGUGUGUGUGUGUAUGUGUGUGUGUGUGUGUGUGUGUGCAUGGUUGGGUAUGUGUAAUGACGCAUACAGUACACUAUUUAAAGAAAAAAGACACAUUGCUCCAAAAGUUUACAUUCCCCACUGAAAGACACUGACCUCAAUGUAGCUGUCCCACUUAACAACACACAAGUAGACAUAAACAGACCUCUUACACACACAUAUACACAGUCUGGACCCACAGGUUUAAGCCAUACCUCUUUUAGAGUAAAGUGCUUCCUCCUCUCCAAAUGUCUCCACUGUGUCCUGUGGGUGAGACACAUGCUUUAAACUACAACUCCCAUCAUGCCUACUGAACUGCAGGAAGAUGCUUGAUGGAUCGGAGAGACACGUGAAUAUUUAUCCGCAGACUUUAGUCUGAACGUUACUGGAUGAGACUUGCUCCUGUGAACACGCCUUCUUCACAACUUCCUGUCUUCCUGCACACGUGACUGUCGAAGAUAAUACACACACAAACACACCUCCACACACUUAAUUUAAAGCUGGUUUGCAUUUUUUUCUUAAUCUAUUUUUAUAUUUAUGUGUGCCACUCCAGGCGGAUGCAGCUUCACAUGAUCUUGUUGAAAUAUUAGUGCUCUUCCUCAGCAUGAAGCUAAACACUAUGAAUGACUUCCAGUCUGCCUCGCUCUCGUACCACUAACCUCCUUAAGAUGCCAACAGGUGUCCAUUACCUUAGGAUCCUUCCUAUACACAAGCAACACACACAUAUAACACACACAGCAUCAAAAGCCAUUUAUACACACACACACACACACACACCAAUGCACACAUGCACACACACUGAAUUCUGUAAGCAUUUCUAGUUUUGUCUGUCUUUGGGUGUGAGGGGAGCUGCAGCCAAAGGACUCUUUAAACAUUCUGCUCCCUCUCCGCUCUGCUCGGACUGCUGAAACAUUUCUGAAUGAUGAUGGGAUCUACAGUUAUGGUUAAAGUAUUAAAAUCUUUUUUGUAAGACUUGU